GCAAAAGGGUGCUGAGAAAGAGACAAACAGAUUCUGGUUUUGGACCAAACCCCGAUGAGAAGGAGAAAAUGAGUCACAGCCAACAUCAAUACCAACACUUUUCCAAACCAAAAACACCAUUCCCACAGACACUGCGACACACACCACCACCCACACGAGCGGGUCUCGAGUUGCAUGCAACCCCAUCGUCCUCUUUCUAUUAUUUUAAAUAAAAUGAACUAAUAACCUUGCCUCUUUUUAACCUUGAUUUUUCCCUUUCAUUCUUCUCUGCCCCUUCCUCCUUACUCCCUCCCAUGGUUGUCACAGCUAGCUAGCUACCUUCUUUCUUCUUUAACUGGUCUUGUUUUUCUUGCUUUUCUUUUCUGGGUUUAUCCUGGUUUUUGGUGACAAUGAGUCUACCAAAUCUAAAUAAUGAUUUCGACUGCUGCUCUGGGGUGGUUAAAGAGAUGAACUUUUUAGCUCCUCCUCCUAUUCUUUCUCCUUCUGUGGAGAGAGAUUCUACAAAUCCUCAAAUGGGGUUUCAGAUUCCAAGCUCUUUGAUGGAACAGCACAAUAAAUGUUUGAGCUUUGAGCCAUUAGAAAGCAGGGGAACCAUGAGAGCUGCUGCUUGUUAUGGGAAAGAUGGGGUUUUGGGUGAUGAGAAAAAGGGACUGGCUUUGAAUUUAGGGGUUGAAGUUGAUGAUGUAAGCAAUAAGAACUCAGGUGCUGUUGGUGGUACCAAAAUUGGACACACUAAGCUUUGUUCUAGAGGCCAUUGGAGACCAGCUGAAGAUGCUAAGCUAAAGGAGCUUGUAGCUCAAUAUGGUGCUCAAAAUUGGAACUUGAUAGCUGAGCAUCUUGAAGGAAGAUCAGGGAAGAGCUGUAGAUUAAGAUGGUUUAACCAGCUAGAUCCAAGAAUUAACAGGAGAGCUUUUAGUGAUGAAGAAGAGGAGAGGCUGUUAUCAGCACAUAGGGUGUAUGGAAACAAGUGGGCAAUGAUUUCUAGACUGUUCCCUGGCAGGACUGAUAAUGCAGUAAAGAACCACUGGCAUGUUAUAAUGGCUAGGAAACAUAGAGAGCAAUCUAGCUUUUAUAGGAGGAGAAAGCCUUGUUCUUCUUCUUUUGCUUCUCAAGCAGUCCCUAAAGGACUGGAUGUGACUUUUCAAAACAAUGCUUGCAGUGAUCAAUCAACAAUUUCCAGCAACAUAGAUGAAUCUGCCUCUACUUGCACUGAUCUAUGCCUCACUCCCUCACCAGCUGAAGUACCCCUUGGAUUUUUCUCCAGUUUCAGUCCUGUUCUUCAAACGGGUCCAUCACGUACCAAAGAAAAUGGGGAUUUUGGGAAGCUUUAUGGCAGUGGCAAUGUGUUAUACCAACAACAAGGACCAAUGGGAGUGGCUAAUGGUGUGGACCAAUCUACUCACUCAUCAGACUCAGAAGUUACAGCAGGCGAGCCAGUGGGCACAAAUAAGACCAACCAUUCCAUAGAAAGUGAAGAUGGAAAUGAGAAGAAGAUCCACAACAUGCGCUUCAUUGAUUUUCUUGGAGUUGGAGCUUCUUGAACACCAUCAGCUCUCUGUUUUUUUGGAGAUUAAAACUAAAGAUAUCCUGCUGAAAACAGUGGAAAAAAUAGAACAAAAGUUUUGUUAGGCAGUUGAAAUGAUUGGCAAAAAAUGGGAGCUAUAGUCCUUGUUUGUAUAGUUUAGUUUUCCAUGGAUGAAGAAAAAAAGGAACUAUAGUAGAGAGAGAGAGAGAGAGAGAGAAAGUUCUAACUUUAAGCAGCUAUGAGUUUAUAAUAAAUAAAUCUUCAAAACUUUUUUAUU